AUUUCUAAAAAAUUUUCUUAAAACUGGAUUAAAAUUCUACUGCUGCUCCAUAAUUAUGGUCGUUAGACGUGGACAUGACGCCGCCCAAAAAGGAGGUUUCAACUUCCCAAUCCUCGGAAGGGAAAGGAAACUGCGUAUUGUGCGCAGACGUAGCGGAGAGAGCCUGUCAACGAUGUGGGGACUUCUACUGCUGCAAGGAGUGCCAGGUUAGGGACUGGCAGCGCCAUCGCUACAUAUGCUUUCCGUUGCCUGCCCUGGUCCACCCACGCUCGUUUUCCCUGCACCAGGCCACUGAGGAAUUGUCGAUAGAGGGCCGGCUUGCAGCUGUAGCUGAUAAAGACGUGGGGGAGGCAGUGCACCCGCCUCCCUCUCCCAAUGCCACUCCCAUCAGAAAUUCUGAUAUGGUUAGAGAUCGGAGUGUCAGCAGUACUAGAAGCGUUACACGCCAAGAAUAUCCAGCAACUCCGGAGACCGGAAGCAAAGUACCGAAUGGCAGCGCCAGCAAUUAUAAGCUAAAACAUAUCUCGAACGUGGCCAUGCCGCCCAGCAACACUCUUGUGUAUCUCACAGGAUUCAGUUCCUCGAACCGAUGCAAUAUACGCGAUGCCAGAGAAAACGCUGACAGGGCAUACAGUCAAGUGUGCGAAAAGGUCAAUGCCAUUGGAAAUGAGAUGCCCAAAGCGAGCAAACUGCAUAUUUAUGGAUAUUGUCUUGCCCGUCACAAUGGGACUUUUCAUCGUGCCCAAAUUUUAAACAUCUUUGGUAAAAAAGACGCUAAGUUAUUAUUUGUAGAUCAAGGCACUACAAAGCUAAGAAGUCAGUCGGAUAUACGUGAAAUCAAUCAGGAACUGUUGUCGCUUCCGUGUUUCUCCAAAGUGGUGCAGCUGAAGGAUGUACCCUACACUGUGUUCAACGAUGCUGUGGCCAAAUUUCUUUCUCAAUUUGAAGGCGAAAAGUUUGUGGGCAUUUAUAAAAAGACACCGGGGCACAUCAGCGUGGAUCUGAUCCAUCCAAUCACCAAACAGUCGUUGAAUGCACAGAUCAGAGAAUUUUAUUCCGACAGACAGAGCCAACCGCAAACACUCGCUCAACCAACAACAGAGGUAUCUGCUAAGCCCAUUCAAGCCGAUAACAUUCCUCAGACCAGUAACAAGGAACAGCAAUCUCUGCCAAUUGAGAUUGCCAAAAACGAAUCAACGAAACCUUCAAAUGAAGUCCAGAACAAAGCCCUUCCUGCCGAGCUGCCAACAAUCGAAAUUAAACCUUUCACUGUGUCUGAAUUCAUUAAAACGCUUCCCACCGAAACAGGCAACCCUUUACCCCUGGAAAGUACAAUAAAUAAAUCCGAACAAGUCACUACCUUAAAGGAGAGUAUAAAUAAUGCUGUUGAAGCCGCUUCCAAGCCUUCCAAUAUGCCAGAACCCAUUGAAAAUGUAACCGAGGAAGCAUCUUCUGCGAAAUUUAAUUUCAAACCAAUUGCAUAUUCCGUAGAUGCAUUAAAAUCCAUGAUAACUACCCUUGGAAAAAAUGAAGCAGGUUCAAUAACCAAAGAAGAAGCUAUUUUAAAAAAUAUAAUAAAUAUUUCAAAAGAAAGUCAGAAUCAAAAAGAACUCGAAAAAGCAGACGAUUCUCAAAAACAUUCAUCAGAUGAAAAGAAAUUUCCAAGCAAGGAAUUCUUUGAAAACAUUUUGUCGGUGGAAAGGGCAAGAAAGGCAAGGGAAACUUCAUUUUCGAUUUCUUUACAAAAUACGCUAGAUGCAACAAGUGAUGGCAGUAUGGAUCCGUUUUGGCUUCCAAAAAUCGAAAAAGUGGUAAACACUGCCUCAAGUUCCGAAACAGGAGCGUCAAAAGAAUCAAAAUCCUUGGACAAUCUAAUUAAAGAGACAAUCAUUCAAAAGAAAAGUAUAGAAGCAACUCCAGAAACUCCAAAAACAAAAAUACUCGAAGCCAAUGGUACUGCAGUUUUGAAACUUGAGCCCUUGCUAAAUCCGCCUUUCCAAAAACGUAGAUUCAACAUAGAGAGCAAAGAUGGGAUCGACGUAUUUGUUGUGGAUAACUCUAGAAUCGCUCGGGGUAUAUUUGGGGCAUUUGAUAGCGCAUAUUGCUCUGAAUUUUCAACAUUGCACGGUCACUUAUUGGCAAUCACCGACUCGAAGCCUUAUAAACCAGCUCUCAGGGAAUAUGUUAUCGCCAAGUAUGAGGGCUCCUGGUAUCGUGCCAGAGUCGAGCAGAUAAAGACAUCGCCGAAUCAACAGACCGAGUAUCGAGUGCUUUACGUCGACUAUACGAAUGUAAAUGAUAUAACCGAGAAGGAUAUCCGUCGUUAUCCAUUAAACUUUACCACCACUUGUUCCACUAACUUUUGCAUGAUUGAAGGUUUCCCUCAUAAACCGAAUGCCGCUCAGCUUUCAUAUUUAGCGGAGGCCUUCGAAUCCCACAGACUGGUCCACAUUGACAGUGUCGUCUAUUUAAAUGAUAUAGCCAUGAUAAAGUCACGUGCCAUUAUGGAACAUUUGAAUCGGCUGUACUAAAAAUAAUGAUUUUCUCAAUAUUAAUUCCUAGUAUGUAGCUGACCAAAGAACAAUUGUACUAUUUCAUCGAAUUCCAUUUUUAAAACAUUUAUGUAUAAAUAAAAUUCAAUUAAAUAACAACGUUAAAGGUUGUUAAUACAAAAUUCUUAUUCGUUUCCUAGAUAUUAGCUGCCGUUGGUUCGCAAAUAAUAAGUUACAUACACGACUAAA